UGACCGGUUGGUUGGAAGGGGCGGGUCCGGAGAGGAGAAGGGUCUUUGACCCGGCUAAGAGGAACUAGACACUCGCCCGAGGGCCCCGGGGUACAGGGGCGGAGUGGGGGAUUGGGGGUUCUCGAAGUUCGGGGAGCCCUGAGGCAGGGACUGGGGAGGAAGAAGGGGAACAGGCGUCCGGCAGCCCAGGAGGGGAGCGGUCUCACAGAAGGGGAGGGUUCUAGGAUCCGCAUCCCGGCUUUCGAGAAUUCUAGCUCAGUACAUCGGUUUACGGUCCCCUCUCGGCCCUGAGGAGAGAAGAGAGGGGCGGGACGGGCAGCGGGGAUUGAGGGGAAUCCACGGGUGGGCUGGAGGCGGGGGACUCGGACUUCUGCGUGGCUCUUGGAGAUCCUUGCUUAGCUCGGGAACUGUCCCCCGAAGCGCGAUGACGACCGCGACCGGCUCCGGCGAGGGCUUUGGCUCGGUGGCCUGGUGGGGCCUGUCCCCAGCGCUGGAUCUGCAGGCCGAAUGUCCUCUCGAUGCCCCCAGCCCCGGGGAUCCCCCGGAACUCGACAUCCUUCUCCUGGGCUCAGUGGACGCACGGCAUAUUCUGCGGACCCUGGCCCAGGCUCCGCGCUGGCCCCUUCGGAAGCUAAAUUUCUUCGUACUGGAGAGCAACCUGGAGGCAGUGGCCCGCCAGAUUCUGAUCCUCAACCUGGCCUUCGAGACUCCAGAAAAGAUGGGCCUUCAAGAAAAGAGCGAGACAUUCUUGGAGCUAUGGGGGAAUGGGCUUGUGCGGACCCAGGUGGCCGAGUACCUUCAAGCUCAGUCCCAGUGCAUGCGUCGCCUCCUACCUGAGCCAGAUGAGCUGGCAGCUCAAUUUCCUCAUCUCAGCCUGGAAGCGCUCAAGUUCCGGGAGCGGGACGCCCUGGAGGCCGUGUUCACCUUCUGGGCGGCCUCGGAGGCCGAAGCCUCCUUCCCCCUGAGCCGCUUGUGGGACUCGCGACUCCGAAGCUACUUGGGUUCCCGCUACGACGCCCGGCGCGGGGUCAGCGACUGGGACUUGCAUAUGAAGCUGCACGACCGAGGGGCCCGGGUCAUCAACAGCCAAGAGUUUCGUCGUUGGCGGGAAACCAGCGUGGCCUUCGAGAUUCGGGAUGCUUCAGCCUAUCAGCUCCCAAACCGGACCCUGGCGUCUGGGCGGCUGAUGAGCCAUCAUGGUGAGCGUGUGGCUGUGCGAGGCUAUUGGGGGGACGUGGCUACCGGACCCUUUGUGGCUUUUGGCAUCGAGUCGGACGAUCAGAGUGUUCUGCAGACCCGCAAUGGAACCCCUGUCAAGUGCGCAGGUGAGAUCUCCUUGCACAACGUUACCUUGCUGUUUCGAAGCCUAGUGGCAGCCGGGGAGGAGGUGUCUGGGGCCGAACCUGAGGCCGCGGCGGAGGGCGGGGCCCAGGGAUCUGACCUUGCGGGCUCCAGACCUUUCCGGGUCCACUUCCUGUCCCUGGGGGCCGCCCCGACCUUGCACCAGCGAAAUCGCUUCUGCAGCCGCUUCCACCUUCUCUACGUGUCCUGCGGGAUGGUUCACCAGCUGAGCCCGGAGCUCGGGGCCUGCGUGGCUCCUGGGGGACGCGUGGUGGUGGAAUUGGCCAGGUACCUUGUGGACUUGCGGCCUAACCAGCUAGAGAGUUUCUCUGAUCGUGUCCGGGAGCUGGCUGAGGCUGCUGGCUUCGUACCAGAGUACCACGAGAAUCCCCCCGAAAUCUUCGCCCGCUUUUCUCGCAAGCCCCAGGCAGGCCCUGAUGGCCGGCCUCCGCCGGGCACCCAGGGUGCAGGGCAGAAGGCCGAAGCCCCGCCCCUUGAUAACUUGACUCCUCCCUCAGAGAUUUUGACCCCGCCUCCUAACGCCUCUGAGUCCACCCCCUCUGAAAUUCUGAACCCGUCCUCAAAUGAGGAUGCUCCUGUGCUGACUCCGCCCCCUGAGACCUCUGAGCCCGCCCCCUCUGGAAUUCUGAGCCCCUCCUCAAAUGAGGAUGUUCUUGUUCUGACUCCGCCCCCUGAGGCUUCUGAACCCGCCCCCUUCGAAAUUCUGAGCAGGUCCUCAAAUGAAGAUGCUCCUGAACUGACUCUGCCUCCUGAGGAUUCGGUGCUUGCCCGCAAUGGCAUUCUUGGAUCAACCACUAGCCCUGAUGUAGCUGGAAUGCUGAGCCCACCCCUUGCCACUAUGACUCCGCCCUCAAAGAUUCUGAGCCUGCCUACCGGUGCUGAGCUAGGCCCUCCUGGAAUUCUGACUCCGCCCCCUGGGGACUCUGACCCUGCCCUCUUUGACGUUCUGAGUCCUGCCCGGGGUCCUGAUGAUCCUGAAAUGCCCUCUGGCGAGCUCGGUCACUCCUCUUCCCCAAGGUUCUGACUCUACCUCCUCAUUUCCGAGCCCCUCCAAUUCUGCGUUUGGCUCCAGAUUCUGAGGCUCAUGGAAUCUUGACUUCACCUCCGAAUUCUAGCUGAGACCCCUUGGUCCCCGAAUUCUCCCUUGCCCCUCCCCCCACUGUCCACGACUAUCUUGGCCCCAGGAUUCCGAUCUCCUGAAAUUCUAAGGCGUAUAGGAUUUUUACCUCUCAGAGUCCCCUGUUCUUCCCAGGGAGUCAGGACUUGUUAGAAUAAAGAGAGUCGGACCCUAC